GUUGCCCCGCCCUCCCUCGGCGCGCGCCGGCGUCGGCUGCGUCUCCGGGCAUUUGAAUUGCGCUUCCGCCAUCUUUCCAGCCCUCAGUCAGACGGGCCGGAGACGCUUCUGGAAGCACCAGCGCGAUGGCUGCCCAGGGAGAGCCUCAAGUCCAGUUCAAACUCGUGUUGGUUGGCGAUGGGGGUACCGGGAAGACUACGUUCGUGAAACGUCAUCUGACCGGUGAAUUUGAGAAGAAGUAUGUAGCCACCUUGGGUGUGGAGGUCCAUCCCCUCGUGUUCCACACAAACAGAGGGCCCAUCAAGUUCAACGUGUGGGACACGGCCGGGCAGGAGAAGUUCGGGGGGCUCAGAGACGGCUAUUACAUCCAAGCCCAGUGUGCCAUUAUAAUGUUUGAUGUCACAUCACGGGUUACUUACAAGAAUGUGCCUAACUGGCAUCGAGAUCUGGUACGAGUGUGUGAAAACAUCCCCAUUGUGCUGUGUGGCAACAAAGUGGACAUUAAGGAUAGAAAAGUUAAGGCAAAAUCUAUUGUCUUUCACCGAAAGAAGAACCUUCAGUACUAUGACAUUUCUGCCAAAAGUAACUACAACUUUGAAAAGCCCUUCCUGUGGCUUGCGAGAAAACUAAUCGGAGACCCUAACUUGGAGUUUGUCGCCAUGCCCGCUCUCGCCCCGCCAGAGGUGGUCAUGGACCCGGCGUUGGCAGCGCAGUACGAGCACGAUCUAGAGGUUGCUCAGACGACUGCUCUCCCGGACGAGGACGACGACCUGUGAGAGCGGCUGGAGCCGGCGUCAGAAGUCUAGUUUUAUAGGCAGCUGUCUGUGAUGGCAGCGGUGCGGCGUGUUUGCCACUUUAUUACCUAGCUGAGCAGAACGUGUGCUUCGUCUUGGGGAUGCUGAACGAAGGAGACGGAUGGGCUUUGGAGUGAAUGUGGCAGUUGAAAAAGUACCUUCAUUUUUUGGACCUGCGUAUUUAGCUGUUUCGGAGCGCAGUUGUUUCCUUCCUGAGUUUCAAAUAUAAGACUGCUAUGGUCACAGUAUCCAGUGGUGAAAUUCAUUGUCACUGUCCUUCCCAUUCCUUUUCGUUUAGAAUCAGAAUAAAGUUGUAUUUCAAAUAUCUAA